AUGGUUUUAGGCAGCCACACCCAGGCGCUCGCGAAGCGCUACGAGCAUAUUAAACUCCUCGAGCAGAGCAAGAAUGACCUCAUCGAAGACCUGUUAGCACGAGUGAGCGACCUUGAAGAUGCCUACCAACAGAGCAAACUGGACCGUGAACGAGAGAUUCGUUUUAAUCGAGAUAUUCAGCUGCAUGAGAUGGAGUUGAUGAGCCAGAUCCAGAGAAUUAAAAAGAUAAUGGACCGCGAGCCUUAUAUUGUCGUGCUCUUGGACGGCGAUAGUAUGAUUUUUAACGACGAAUUUCUUCGCAAUGGUGAACAAGGGGGCAAAGAUGCCGCAAAUCAAUUGAUAGCCACCCUGAACGAAUACGUUGCGCGAAAUCUGCCGAAUGUCACCUCACCCAAGAUAGUCACCCAUGUCUUCGCAAAUAUUAAGGGCCUAGGGGAUGCUUGCUACAAUACUGGCAUAGUCUAUAAACCGUCAAUGGUGGACGACUUUGUCCGGGGCUUCAACGACAGCCAGCCUUUGUUCGACUUUGUGGAUAUUGGACAAGGCAAAGACAGCGCCGACGAUAAGAUUUCCGAAACUAUUAAACUGAAUUUAUACAACUGCCAUUGCCACCAGAUUUUCUUGGGAUGCUCUCAAGAUAAUGGAUACGCCCGCCUCCUGGAAGACACAAUGGCCGAUGGCGAGCUCAUAGGUCGGAUAUCUUUGUUAGAAGGCGUUCCUUUCGAGAAAGAGCUUGAUUCUAUGAAGGCGUCUUAUCGUGUCACCCAGUUCCCCGAUCUCUUCCGCACUUCCAGGAUAACAUCGACACCGGCUGCACCGAUCAGGGCUCCUUUGAAGACUCACACGGCAAUGCUAUCGCCUCAUCCAGCAUCAGCCACUCUUACUCGCACUUCUACCAAUACAUCUACUAGCUCCGCCACCCCUACAUCGGCAUCUUCAUGGGCGUCGGUGACCGCCUUGAACCCUGGUGAUGUGUCGCUACAGCCCGCCAAACCUGCCAGUCCAGCUCCGUCUGGCACAUCUACAGUCGAGCGAAAUAGACACGGCCAGCGGAUUGAUCGCAUGGAAUUCAGGACAAUCACAAAGGACGACCUUUACCGAGUGAAGAAGAUGAAGCUCUGCAAUCUUCACUAUUUGCUCGGAAACUGUCCAAAUACCAAUUGCUAUCAUGACCAUGACCACAAACUCACCAAGGACGAAAAAGAAGUCUUGCGUUCUGUGGCUCGUAUGACACCCUGCCACUUUGGGAUGACAUGCGACGAUCCAAAAUGCAUAUACGGCCACCGUUGUCCACAGAGCGAAACUGGUAAAAAGGAGUGUCAUUGGGGCAGCAAUUGUCGGUUUGAGCCUUCACAACACGGAAUUGAUCUCACUGUGGUCAAAACUACUAAGGUUUAA